ACGCUAACAAAGCAGACUCCUGUGUUUCCCUGUCUGUAUCACAGUAACAGGCACAAUGCCAUACGGCUCUUUCGUGCUCCUCGUUCUACUUCCUGCUGUCUCUCUAGCCGAGGUCACCUCUUUCACGCGAUGCCCUCAGUUCUUUGUCGGAGGAAUUUCUCCGACAGUUCUGACAGAUAAAACAGACAAUAAUCGCUACGAGCAGAUCUGUCAGUGCCUUCUGGACCAGAACCAGAAGCCGGAAUACUUCUACGCCACACUGUACGACACCAGGAACAAGAUUCCCGUCUACUCGGCCUAUGAAUUCCGUCGUGCUGACGUGGAGAGAGACGAUCGCUGGUAUGUGGAGCCACAGCUGGACGGGGGAACCAUGGAGUGCAUGGGGUCCCUAAACAAGAUCCCGUCAGCCAACCGAGGCCAGCGGCAGGCGCUGAACAAAGACUAUGAAGGCUCUGGCUAUGACAAGGGCCACCUUUUCCCUGUGUACCACACCCACACUGUGGACACCAUGCUGGCCACCUCCACCCUGACGAACGCUGCUCCACAGGACCCCUCCUUCAACCGCGGACAGUGGAGACGCUACGAGGAAGAUGUGGCCACGCUGCUGCAGCAGGAAUGCGACGGAGCUUAUGUCGUGACAGGCGUCAUCCCUGGAAAUCAGCAGAUUGGGGAUGGCGUAAGAGUGGCUCAGUAUUACUGGAGCGCCUUCUGCUGUUCCGGAGGCAGUGGUGCUCUGCGCUCAGAGGGCUACAUCGGCCCCGAUAACAAUGGCCGCGUGCAGAAGGUCGAAGUGAAGCAGCUGGAAGCCGUUCUGAGUGACCACUAUGGCUCGGAGUUUAGCAUCUUCCAGGGCACAUGCUAAUGCUAAUACCUGUAAUAAAUAUUUUCAGCAUAUUUUUGAAAAUACUUUAAUAAAGAAAAUUGUAAUAAAUUGAUAUUCUUGCAGGAAGUACUCAUACCAUCCUAUCCCUAAUUACCACUGAGUUAAGACUCUAAAUCAGACGUGUAAAUGUAAACAGGAACCAUUAAAUGUAGAGGAAAAUGCAGUGGGAAUCUCUCAGGGCCUUGCAGGCCUGUGGUAUAUUCAUUUCAUUGUUGAAUUUUGGUUUGGAAACAAAAGGGUUAAAUUGACAUGUCAGAUUAUCCAUUAACAUAAUCAGGAACUGAGAGAAGAAUCAACCAAUCAUGUUUUGAAUUCUAAUGGCUGGUUCCAACUUUGAGAGAAAACCAUCACUCUAGGCCUUCUGGAAGUUCUAGAUACGUCACUGACUCUGAAUAUGAUUGGUAGCCUGACCAAUACCUUCUUUAUGUCUUAAAAUGUCCGUCAAAAGUUUCUAAUAAAACAUGAAAUGUCAUUUUA